UACACCUUAAUAAGGGCGCGUCUCCGACACAGCCGCCGACCAAUAACCCGUAUGUCUGGGCAGAGACCAAGGGGAUGAGCGCUCGCCGAGGCCCAAUCAGCGCUUUUUUGUUGCCUGCCGGUGCCCGGGACUGGUUGUGAGGAGCUACAGCAGCGCUUCAGGAUCGGAGAGUAAACCCGGAGCCAGAGGAACCUGAAGGGGAAAGGCGAGUCAGGAUGGAGCGGAUGUCUGAGGAGGCGUUGAGGCUGAACCUGCUGAAGCGGGGUCUGGAGGCGCCGGAUGAGAGGGAGGAGGCCCUAGCCAAGCGCCUGAAAAUGGACGGUCAUGAGGCCAUGGAGAGGCUGAAGAUGCUGGCUCUACUCAAACGCAAGGAUCUCGCCGCCUUGGAGGGGGCAGCAGUGGCGGCAGCCAUGGCAGAGGGCAAAGGCCCUGGUGGCAGUCAGGGUCUGAUGGGAGCAGUUGCCUAUGAGGAGAAGAUGAAUGGAGCCUUGAGAGUCGGGGGCCACGGAGGACCUAGCAAGAAUGGGAAGGAAAAUAUAGUGGAUGAACCAGUGGACAUGAGUGCCAGAAGAAGUGAAAUUAUUCGGGAGCGACGCACUCCAUCACCAGACGUUAUAAUUUUAUCAGACAACGAGGCUUCCAGCCCCAGAAGCACGCCCCACCCUGAAGAGAAACUGCAUCAAGCUAACUUGGAGAUGUUCAAGGGGAAGACUGGUGAGGAACGGCAGCAGAUGAUCAAAGCUCUUCGAGAGGAGCUCAGGCUGGAGGAGGCCAAGCUGGUGCUCCUGAAGAAACUGAGACAGAGUCAGAUGCAGAAGGAGAACGUGGUGCAGAAGGUGCCGGUGGUCCAGAAUGCCCCUUCUUCAGUUCAACCGUCUCCCAUGCACAGUUCUCAGGGGCUGGGCAAACUACCUGUGCGGCCCGGCCUGCACUCAGAGUCUCAGAAUCUGCGCACUGCACAGGGCCACACAGUAAUCAGGUCUGCUGCCAAUGCAUCUUUGCCCCCCAUGAUGAUGUCACAGCGGGUUAUUGCACCCAACCCUGCCCAGCUGCAAGGUCAGAGAGUGCCCUCCAAACCUGGUAUGGGCCGCUCCUCCACAGGUGGUUUGAGUAACACAGUGAGCUAUCAGCAGGCUGUUAGCCAGCAGGUGGGGGUCUCUCAGCGUUCAGGCUCCUCGGCUAUCUACAUGAAUCUGGCACACAUGCAGGCAGCAGGAGCAGCUGGCGUGGCUGGGGUUGGGGUGGGUGUGACUGGGGUCGGUGCUGUCAGCCCCUCCACCCUAUCCAGUGCCUCCAGUGUCGCUUCUCUGAACGACCAGGCCAGCAGCCAAGCAGCCGCUAAACUAGCCCUGCGCAAGCAGCUGGAGAAGACCUUACUGGAGAUACCUCCACCUAAACCUCCAGCACCCCUGCUGCACUUCUUGCCCUCUGCUGCCAACUCUGAGUUCAUCUACAUGGUGGGGUUGGAGGAGGUGGUGCAGAGUGUCAUUGAUAGUCAGGGUAAAAUGCGGGGGUCACUGCCACAUAUGGAGCCGUUUUUCUGUGCUCAGUGCAGGACUGACUUUACCCCGCACUGGAAGCAGGAGAAAAGUGGCCGUAUCCUCUGCGAGCAGUGCAUGACUUCCAAUCAGAAGAAGGCCCUGAAGGCCGAGCACACCAAUAGGCUGAAGAAUGCUUUCGUUAAAGCUCUACAGCAGGAACAGGAAAUCGAGCAGAGGUUGCAGCAGCAGGCUGCUCUGUCCCCCAGCUCUGCCCAGACUGUGCCCAGUGUGAGCAAAGCGGAGACCAUGAUCAGACACCAUGCCCUCCGACAGACUCCACAACCACAGGCUGCAAUGCAACGGGGUCUGUCCAGCUCAGCACGAGGUGUCCUCUCUAACUUUGCACAGGCCUCCCAGCUCUCGGUGGCCAGUGGGCUACUGGGUAUGACAAGCAAGCGCUGUGGCGGCGGCGGCAGCAGUACCAGUGGUGGCAGCAGCAGUCGGGCUCAGCAUGACAGCCGCAGGCAGAUCUACAACAUCCCUGGUCUCAAUAUUGCCUAUCUAAAUCCGGGAGCCAUUGGGGGCCAUAAGGCAUCAAGCCUAGCGGACCGUCAACGGGAGUAUCUGCUUGACAUGAUUCCCCCACGCUCCAUAUCCCAGUCCAUCACCGGGCAGAAAUGAGCCCUGACGGGACUGCAGAUUACCCUCGGAUACCCCACCACUCCUCUGUUCUACAUCAGAACACCCCCUUGACCACGCUUCCCCAACACACACGCACACCAUCACCCCAUCGCAUGCAGUGCCUGUCCGUGUGCCUACCCAACUAACCCAUAAGAACAGCUCAAUCAGCCAGACAAUAAACACCAGACUGUCAGUGCAUCUCAAACUUCGGUUUCCUACUAUAGCAAAGCUCUUUAUUGUUAUCUCAACUUAUUAUUGCUGUUGUUAUUGCUACUUCUAUUUUUAUCACAGUUAUUAUUAGUAGUAUUAUUGUUGCUUCUGUUACAGUUACUCUUAUUACUCUUAUUAGUAGGUUUAGUGGUUUUUGCAUCUUUUAUUUUCCUGCCCUUUUUACACUUUUUUUUUUUUCUUUUUAGAGGGAGGAUACCAGAUUGCAGGGUCACUUAAAAAUAACACUUUUUUUUUUUUCAUUUAAAGUCUCCUCCCUCAAUCGCCCCUGUAAAAUUAGACGCAUUCACUCUUGUUGUAUCUUCAGUUAAAAAUUAAAAGUCUAUAAUAUUUUACUCAUGCUCAUGUCAUCCCAAACCUGUAUGACUUUCUUCCAUGGAACACAAAGAGAUGUUAGGUAGAAUGUUAGCUUCAGUCACCAUUCACUUACAUUGCAUACUGUUUUUAUACAAUGAAACUGAAUGGUGAGUGUGGCUGUCAUGUUCUUUUGUGUUGAACUGAAGAAACAAAGUUUUGGAGAAAAAAAACGAGGGCGAGGAAAUUAUGACACAAUUUUCACUUUUGAGUGAUCUAUGCCAGUAAAAUGUUCUUAUCUGCGAGAGAUGAAUCUUUUAAGUGUCACGCGUCUGAAACUACAAUCUGCGACAAGAAACUUUUUUUCAGUUGGGUUCAGAAAAUCUGAGACCGACUCCUGUACAUCGAUUUGAUUGAUCCUCAAUGCACAAUGGUGCUGAUCUGGUCAUUGUUGUUUCUGCCUUGAGAAGGCUACACAAAUACAGAACACCCAAUGUUAUCAACAGAUCGUCUAGUGAGACUGAUGGUAGAUGAUGUACUGCACACAGAGGAAUGGAUGUAAGUGUGUUUGAAAUGGGCUACACCAGAAGGGGAGAGAGCAGAGAGGACCUGCACUGGCACUGACGAGUCCCCUGCUGGUGAAUGUACAAACUAAAAUUUGAGGCCCAUUACUUUGCUCAACAUUGAUAUGUAUGUGGCCACAAGUAGGAUCUCCCAUGUCUCUCAAAUGCCUUCUUUCAAAGGAUUCAGCGAUUUCAGCUUGCCAGAUAACUUCUUUUGUGGCAACAUCGUGUCUCACUGCACCGCAAAGAAUGAAGCUGUUGAGUUUCAUCACCAUGGACUCAUUUUGAUUUUUGGAUUUUUUUAUCUUUUUUGUCUGCUUGGGUGUUGUUGUUUUUCUCCCCUCCCUGUCUUUAUUUGAUGCUCUUGAUUAUUUUAUUUGGGCGGCGUCUCCAUCCGAAAUGGUCAUGUAUCUGAAAGGUACAAUGCCACGGGAGACGAUAAUCAUUGAAAUGGCUAACCGUGGAAUUAUUUUAAAUCUGGUUUAUGCAUAGAUUGUUAAUGUGAGUUUUAACAGAAGGCAUUGACAAGGAUCAAUCAUCGUGUUAAAGCAAUGCACAUGAGAUGCCUCUUUGUGGAGGAGCACUUUUUCCUAAUAAUUGAAAAAAUGGUAAAAAAAAAAAAAAAAAAAAGAGGACAAUAAUGUUUGAACUCACAGGAUUUUAAGGUAUGGAUGCCAUCAGAAGUCUCGGAGAGAGUUUGGAGAAAGCUAAUUUUGUGUAUUGUGUUUUGAAUUUCAUGUUUUCAAAAGAGACCUGCUUUUUCUCUUUUCGACCUAAAGUUGAAAUGAUUAAAUUUCAAGUUAUGGUACGGUAAUUAUAGGCUUAUAUUUGUUUCAGAAGUCAUGUAAGAUUUCCUGGUGUCAAUCAGGUGGUUCCGUUUGAAUUGUGUCCAUAGUGACGAUACAAGCAGUGUUUAGUCAAUAUGCAGUAUUAGUGAUUAAAUUAGUUUUGUGCAGGAGAAUUCUGCAUUCUUUUUGGCUUGUAGUCUUGGUUUGAUUUAGUAUGCAUUAUCAUCAACUCCUGUUAGAAACCUUCUUAGGACAGUUCACCAAUUUUCUGUGACAUGGGUCAUGAGAUGAUUAUAAAGAUGACAAAUCUACGGUUUUAAGAUCUGCUUGUUGACAAAAUGUUAAGCACUUAUAUUUUUUCCAUCCUAAGCAUUUGACACGGUUGAUACUUUUGGAAAUCACUUUUCGAGGUCUACCAUCCAGGUCAAUGUAUGUGUUAGAGUUUUAAAAUGUUUUCUAUAAGCGGUGAAUUAAUGGAAAGACAGCUGUGCACAGCAUUCUUUUGUUCAUGUGUAUAAACACUGAUCACUGGAAUGUUUUUUUUAAUGGUGUCCUAUAUAAUGCCACUGAUUUGUGGCAGAACGAUGCAACCUUUGAACAAAAUGAUUUUGAAGCUACCUUGGAUUAAAUUUACAGGUGCAAUAUUAGACGAUAGGAUGUUUACAUUAUUUUUGUCUGGUAAAUAUGAUGAAUCAAUCCCUCUUUGUCGAUCUGUUCAGUAUUUGAUGAUUUUAAAGGGAUGAUUUUUAUCUUUUGUCCAAUAUUAUGAUUUUUGUUUUCUUUUGAACUUUUGGUGUUUAUAGUAAAACUAAUUUCUCUCUCCUGCUCUCUCUUGCAGACUAUAUUAGAAGGAUCCAUAUACCUGUGUUCAUAUUUACAAGAAAGUUGGAAUUCUGAAGUUUAACUUGCUUUGACUCCUCAGUUAAGUUCCAUUUUGUUUGCUUGUUUAAUUUCAGCAGUUUUCUUAAAAAAAAUUUAAAUAAAAGAAAGAAAAAAAGGAGUAAAAAAUCAAAUUUAAUUAAAAAAAAGUAUGAACAGAUGAUGACACGAUAUUUGCUAGGUCAGAAGUAAAAAUGACUUAUUGUACAUAUGCUUUUUUUCUCCCUUGAAUUAAAAAUAAUGAAAUGAAAUUAAAAUGGUUGUAUAUUGUGUAGAAAAGCAAACAAAAAGCCAUGAAUAUUGUGAAGCUUGUCAUUUUGUUUUGUGAUCACUGUGUAUUAUUGUGUAACAAAUGUGCAAAAUGUAUGGGAUUAUACUUAUCUUGUUUUUGAAUGAGCUCUUUAGAUGCAUUUUCUCCCCGGCUGUACGUUUUUGUAGUAUGUAGUAUUUGCAGAAGAAAAUUUCAUUGUUCUGGUGGAGCAUUUGAUCCAUUCUGUAGUCUUUGGACUGGCACAUGAUGAGACAGUCUCAACUGUUACUUAUUUGGUUACCUCUUUUUAUUUCAAACGUUGAAGUUACGUAGCUGUUCAAUGAAAAAGUUCCUUUAUCUGAGAUUUCCCACACAAACUGUUGGUCUUAAAGGAAAUGGACUGGAUGAAACAUUUGGCAGUAUUACCCCUCUCUUGACCAAAUCCAAAGCAAUCAUCAUAAAUGUAAAAUGCUCAAUAAUGUUACAUUUAGUGAAAUUACUGGGUGCAUUUUACCCUACAGAGGAGAUUGUGUAAAGUUUUGUUUUUGAAUUUCUUACAGUACAAACUUUCUUCGAUAUAUCCCCAAUUUUUUUUAUUAUUAUUGUUGUUUUUUUUUCCCCACUCUGUGGAAAGAAAUCACAAUGCUCUUAUUUCGUUUUAAUGGAAAAUUGUAUACAUUGUAUACGAUGGGAAAAAAAUGUUUCCGUUUGUUUUUGACUGUUCCAAUGCUUAUUGCCUUCAGCCUUUAAAUCAUAACACAAAAAAAUGGAUGGACAAUUUGCACUCAUGCAAGUAUUGAUUCUAAGGUUUGUUACAUUAUUUGAUAUUCUUUUUCAAGUUUCAUUUCAUGGAUUCACUGUCCAUAAUUCUCUGACUGGACAAUCAGCUUUUCUGUAGUUCUAGUGCUUGGGUUUACUUCUCUCCAUGUGAUAUUUAGCAUUGUUUUGCUCUUUCAUUUGUGUCAUUCUUUUGCUGAGAUUAUUUUUUCUCCUGAUUUUUGUUUUUUUUGGUUUGUUUGUUUGCAAAUACAGGUCAAUUCUGUUGAAGUGGGAGAGAGGGUUGAAAUUAUAAUUUCUGAAAAUUUUAUGUGAAUUUAAAAUAUUUUUAAAUAGACUUAGCUGCAGUUUACCCAGUUUGAAUUUUUAAGCAAAUGGCAAUAUGUUGACAUCCGUUUGUAAAAGAGAACUAUGGUUCAUUAAAAGUGUACAGUUUAAAAAAAAAUGAAGUACUGGAGAUUGGCUUAAUUAUUGAUUUUAGUCAAGGAAAAGAAGUGCUUUUUGUCAAGUUUUUUUUUUUUUUUUUUUCCAUUUAGAACAUUUAAUCCAGACCUUUUGCACAUCCUUGAUAUUUAACUGUCUAAAAUGGAGAUGGAAAAAAAUGCUGUUUGAUUACUGCCGGUUGACUAACAACAAUUAUGCAUUGACUGAAAAAAGAAUAAGCUAAUUUUGGAGGAAAUAACUUUGUAAUAUUUAUCACUUGCAAGCUAUGUUUAAUAAAGGAUGGAACAGUU